CCCCGCCCAGAGCAGUGCCGCUGCCCAAAUCUUCCCAGGCAGCUCAUCAAGGCACUUGCAGCUCUGGGUAGAGCCCCGGACCUGAGUGCCUGAGUGUCUGUGGGUCCGUCUGCCCAGCCAUCUGCUGGUGGCACCUCGCCCUCCUGCAGCCUCCCACUGUGAGCCCCACCUUGCAGAAGUUCUGCUGGCCUCCACAGCCCCGGAGCUCAGCAUGCAUCCCACAGGCUUCAGGAACUUCUUGCUGCUGGCGUCAUCCCUCCUCUUCGUGGGGCUGUCAGCUGUUCCUCAAAGCUUUUCGCCAUCUCUGAGAAGCGGGUCAGGUGCCACGUGCAGGCUGUCCCAGGCAGAGUCGGAGCGUCGGUGCCGGGCUCCCGGGCAGCCCCCGGGGGUUGCUCUGUGCCACGGCCGGGGCUGGUGCAACUGUGGGGUCUGCAUCUGUCACGCGAAGGAGCCGGGAGUGUACUUUGGUCCCUUGUGUGAAUGCCACGAGUGGGUGUGCGAGACCUACGACGGGAGAACCUGUGCAGGCCAUGGUAAGUGUGACUGUGGAAAGUGCAAAUGUGACAGAGGAUGGUCUGGGGAAGCUUGCCAGUACCCAACUAAUUGUGAACUGACAAAGAAAAAAAGUAACGAGAUGUGCAAGAAUUCUCAAGAUAUCAUCUGCUCUAAUGCAGGUACAUGUCACUGUGGCAGGUGUAAAUGUGAUAAUUCAGAUGGAAAUGGACUUGUUUAUGGUAAAUUUUGUGAGUGUGAUGACAGAGAGUGCAUAGAUGAUGAAACAGAAGAAAUAUGUGGAGGCCAUGGAAAGUGUUACUGUGGAAACUGUUACUGCGAGGCUGGUUGGCAUGGAGAUAAAUGUGAAUUCCAGUGCGAUAUCACUCCCUGGGAGAGCAAGAGAAGAUGCACAUCUCCAGAUGGCAAAAUCUGCAAUAACAGAGGGACUUGUGUGUGUGGUGAAUGUUCUUGUCAUGAUGUUGACCCAACUGGAGACUGGGGAGAUAUUCAUGGAGACACCUGUGAGUGUGAUGAAAGGGACUGUAGAGCUGUAUAUGACAGAUAUUCUGAUGACUUCUGUUCAGGUCAUGGACAAUGUAAUUGUGGAAGAUGUGACUGCAAAGCAGACUGGUAUGGGAAAAAGUGUGAGCAUCCACAUUCCUGCCCACUGUCACCCGAGGAGAGCAUCAAGAAGUGCCAAGGAAGCUCUGAUCUGCCUUGCUUUGGAAGGGGUAAAUGUGAAUGUGGAAAAUGCACUUGCUACCCCCCAGGAGAUCGCAGGGUAUAUGGGAAGACGUGUGAGUGUGACGAUCGCCGCUGUGAAGACCUCAACAGUGUAGUCUGUGGAGGCCAUGGCAUGUGUUCCUGUGGUCGCUGCAUUUGCGAGAGAGGAUGGUUUGGAAAGCUCUGCCAACAUCCCAGAAAGUGUAACAUGACAGAAGAACUGAGCAAGAGUCUAUGUGAAUCAGCAGAUGGCAUAGUGUGCUCAGGAAAGGGUUCUUGUCACUGUGGAAAGUGCAUUUGUUCUGCUGAAGAAUGGUAUAUUUCAGGAGAAUUCUGCGACUGUGAUGACAGAGACUGUGACAAACAUGAUGGUCUCAUUUGCACAGGGAAUGGAAUAUGUAGUUGUGGAAACUGUGAAUGCUGGGAUGGAUGGAAUGGAAAUGCCUGUGAAAUCUGGCUUGGCACAGACUAUCCUUAAUUAGAUGGAAGAGGACUGGAUUCUUAUUUUCAUAGGCCAUUAGAAAAUGCAAAUGCAGAGGAAACCAUAUAUAAUCACCACGAGGACAGGGCAAAGAGACUAUUGUAUGUUUUUGUAUUUCUGAAAGCGUGAAUGAAAUCUGGAUACUUAUUAACAAUGAGUAAAGCAAAAUCUUAUGUACAUAAUACCAGAAAUAAAUUUUUCUUUCACAGUUUACAUCAGUGGUUCUCAACAAGGACAACUCUGCCACCCAGAAAACAUUUAGCAAUGUCCACAGACAAUUUUGAUUGCCACGCUGGGUUGGAUGGAAGGGUGUGCUACAGGCAUCUAGUGGGUAGAAGCCAGGGAUGCUGCUAAACACAAUACAUGCACAAGACAUUCCCCCAUGACAAAGAAUUAUCUGACUUUAAGUGUCAAUAGUGCUGGAGUUGAGAAAUGCUGAAUUACAUGGUUGUUAGAAAUGCACAUCCUACACAACAAAGGCCAUUUUAGAAUAUAAGAAAACUAUACAUCCUCACAUAAAUCUGUCGAACGUAUUUUUCCAGGAUUCUAUAUCACUCAGUAUUUCCAUAUGGAGACAAUGAAGACAAACACACAUGAAGUAUAAUGUUGGACCAGGUGGGAUGCAGAGGCAAGAUCAUUAGUACUUUUGAAAAGAUAAUGGCUAUUUUUAGUCAUUAAGACAUUUGUGUAAUCUCACUUUAAACUCACAAAAGAUUGUUUAAAGAUAAAAAUUAUGAAAAUGUACAAUUUAACAUUUUAAAUAAAUAGUGACACAAGUCAUUUACACUGUGUCAUAUGUAUUUUAACAACUGAUGAUUAACAAAAAUGAGUUAUUCAAAAGCAUCCAUUUUUAUUACUAAAAUAUUUUUUUUAACUGGGCAUGGGUUACAUGUAUAAGAAAUCUGAUUUUCCACUAAUUAAGUUACUCCAUGGUAAAUUGCUUUUUGAAAAGACAAUAUCUAUAAUAGACCAAAAAUCUGUAUUUCUUUCUCUUAAAAUACUCUCUUACUUCUAAGUACACAUUACUUAUUGAAAUAUCAAGGUCAUGCACAAAAAUCAAGAACAGAUGCCAUAAUAAUAAUAUGGCACCAGUCUCAAAAGCUCAGAGAAUAAAAAGAAAAAUCUAGAAAUGGUUUAAAUAGAAAUUACAAAUAAUCACAAUGAUGGGAACAAAAUGUUUAUUUUUAUGAUGAAAUUUUGCUCUGUAUGAAAUUUACAUUGGAUUAUAAAAAUGUACAAUUUGGACUUCCCUUACAUAUUUGCAGUUAAAUCUACUAACACACAUUAGUUUAGACAGCCUUUAAUUAUUUAGGGCUAAAAAAGACACACAUUUUCUCUAAAUGUGAAUUAUAUUGUGUAAAAUCCUAUAAUUAAUAAAAUCAUUUUCAUAUUG